CCUCCAAAUAAACAUCCCACUUGAGCUACUCCCAGAGCCAGACAGCCUCUGCCACUUCGCCUGCUGCUCCUGCCAGAAGAAACCUCGCAUUCACAGAGCUCCAUAGAAAUGGCUCCAAUGUCCAUUAUAACACAUGGGGCUUCGUUAAUAAACCUCCCCAAAUCGACACCUAACUCCCUCCAUCGACGGCCAUUCAAGUACACAUGCUUUCUCAAUGUUCCUCGCAGGCUCUCAUCACCGCACACCACAAGCAUUUUGGGUUCUCAGUUUUUUAGACCGUCACUUCUCAGGAUCAGAUGCUUUCAGGGAGAAGAUGCUGAAAAUUUUGAAGUUAGUGAAGAAAGUUUGGAUGGACAAAAUAGGGGUGCCAAUGAGAUAAUAAGAAAUCAGAAAAAUAAUACUAGUGCCGAGGGAAAUUCUUUUCUGCUAAUGUUAGCAAUUGCUGUGGGCGUAGCUGCAAUCAUUACAAUCACAUCAAUUGGUCUCAAACGGCCUAGUGUUGGAUCAUUAUUUGGAGUUCAAUGUCUAGCCGAAGGUUCAACAUCUUCAGCCAUGGCUUCAACCUCUUUGGGUUUCACUUUCAAAGCUUUUGGAUACAGAAUCAUACUUCCUGAAUAUGCACCAGGGUGGAUAUAUUUUUGGUUGCUCAUGGCUGCUGGUUGUGGAUUAUUCAUCAGUGAGGAGGCUUUAAAUGUUUGGGUUGGCAUAAACUUGUCACGGAUGCUAUCGGUGGAUGGAACAUGGCAAUCUUUUGUUGAUUCGUUCUCCAGAAAUGCUCCAUACGUCAUGUCCACAGUUCUUUGGGUAUACUGGGGAGUCUGUAUCAGUGAUAUGAUACCAUUCUAUCUGGGGAAGCUUUUCAGGAAACAUGGGGCAACUGAUGAUGUUUGUUCAAAGCUUGGCAUUGGUGAAGAGAAGGUGUUGAGAAUUACACGUACUGUGCAAAAAUAUGGCAAUCUUGCAGGCAUUGUGGAGCGGUUUUCACUUGGAGUAAGAAAUCCUACAUCUUUCCUAGCAGGGACUCUGGGUAUAUCUCCAGGGCUUUUCUUUGCUGGAGUUUGUUGUGGUGGCUUGAUCACCCUUCCACUACAGCUAGGAAUUGGAUUUCUACUGAGGGAACGUCCAUUGGUUGCCAUGGCCACUGUAGCCACAGUAGUGGGCAUUUGGACCAUAUUUCCCUAUGCUGUGGCUGUUUUGACGGCAUUAUUCCUUUACAUGCAACGUUGCUACUCAACCUAGUAAUUUGUUGGUUAACUCAAUACUCAGAAAUUUGAAAAAGAGUAAGAAGCUAUCAAAUUUAUAUGUGUAACCGUACUACAGCCAAUUGUAUCCUGGGUGGUUUUGCAAUGUUUGUCGAAAAUCAUCUCAUAGUUGUCUAUUCUUUACUUUUUCUUUGCAUGUUAGAUGUAAAGUUGCCUUCGUAUUUUUUCUUCAGGAAGAAUGAUUUGUAUUUAUUUAAUGUAUCAACUCUAGCAAAGUAUAGUGUGCA